UUUAACAUUAGUAAGAUAUGAAAGAGAAAUAGUAUUUGAAAUUAGUACAAUUGGUAGAACUAGAUCAUCAACUUCAUGAUCCAAAAUCAAAUGGUACAUUGCCGCAUUGGUUUACAGUUUACAUAAUAGUGGCGUUAGUGAUAAGUGUCUCAACACUUUUUAUGCCAAAGCCACCAGAGACCUAACAAGCCUGCGAUGAAUUAUUUUUGUUCAAAAAACAUCAACUGUGUCUUGGUAUGGUUAUAUACAAUGAGUGGAAAUAUAUAGUUAGCAAAAAAAUUAUGAAUUAGGAACUACAAGGAAGAAGACAACCUGGAAAUUCUUGAAGGGACAUCAAUUGAAUAAUUUAAACCUUUAUGAUUGUUAAAAGGCAUGCUGCAUUUGAAAAUAGGACAGUGUGGAGAAGGUUGAUAGCGAUAGACACGGCGAGUGACGUUGUAUUUAAUUUAAAUUUUAAUAAUAAUAUUCAUCUCGAAGUCAGUUUGAAAUUAUUUAUUCAAAAAUAUAAUAACACAACAGAAGUGAAGAACUCCUUGUUGUAUUACUAUUACUGCUAGCCCUGAUAAAACUGCAAUGGCGAAACAUUGGCUAAAAUAACUUGUCUUUGUUUUUUAAGAGGAAAUGUAAUCAUUAUCAUAGAAGAAAUUCAGAUAAAUAUGGAGCCCUUGUUCAGUAAAGAUCCAAAUGACUUGUUAGAAGAGAAGAUGAUGGAUAACAUUGAAACUGCUAGAGAAUCACUUUGCAGAAAUAACACUUUUUCUAACAUGGAUGGAUCUGUAGAACAGAGAGUUUGCUUAGAAGAAAGCUCUUGUUAUGCCACUUCUGAUUUUGAAACAACUGAGAAGGAAGAGGUUAAUUCUAUAGACAAUUAUAAAGAUGUUUUCACUGUGAAGCCAGAAUCACUUACUAAUUUUCCAGAAAAUAAAACUACUACUAAACUCACAUUCAAUCCAGAAGACUUGGAUGAUGCAAUCAUGAAAGAAGAAAGUGUUGAAGUAACAGGGAAGGUAAAGCAAAUACAAUCACAAGAAACAAAACAAACAAAUGAAGCAGAAUUUAUGCUGGAAGCUUUACCUAAUGCAUGUCUUAUUUUGUUAAGCAAAGUAGAACCUAUGGAAGAGAAAUUUUUCUAUGCAGAAGGGUCUUCAUAUUCCCCAUGCCGAUUAAAGAAGAAGAAGAUAGAGCCAUGCAGAGUGAUCCUGGGUGAUUAUUCAUUGUCAGAGUUUCAGAAAUGUUCAGAAACUUUCAGAAGUGUAGUUCCUAAAGAAGAGUUUACUGCACACAAAGAGGAGUUGAAGGAAUUUAAAUUGGAAUUUCCACAAAAAGAAACAAAGGAAUCCAACCAGAUGGAAGUUGAGUUGGAAGUAGCAUAUGAUGCAGGUAAAGUUUUGGCAAAGAAAGUGGAAGCUGAAGAAGAAAAAUUCCGUGCAGAAGAAUGUUCACUGUUUACUUGUCCAACAACAAAGUAUGAGAGUGGAGUUGUGAAAAUGGAUCCAAUUAAAGAAUUACCUAAAAGUGGUUGUAUUCAUAACUUCAGAAAGGAUUUAAAAAAAGUUGACAUCAUAAGUACCAAAAAUGAAAAGCUGGUAGAUACAGAGGAGUUGAAACAAGUAAAACCAGGAUUUCCAGAAGAAGAAACAAAGGCAUCAAAUCAAAUGGAAUUUAAGGUGGAACCAGCAUCUGGACCAAGUACAGGUUUUGUGAACCAAGUUGAACCUGUUGUAGAAAGAGCUACCUUACAAAAAAGAUCUUCCAGAUGUGUGACAUGGAAAUGUGAGAACUUUCAUUCCAUGAAGACAGAACCAUGUUUUGACUUACAAGAAAAUGAGUCUGUUUCCAAAGUUUGGAGGAAUUCAGAAAGAAUUAUUGACAAAAUUGAAAAGGAAGAAAGUGUUGUACAAACAGAGGAGUUUGAACCUCUUAAGUCAGAUUAUCCUCAAGACAAAAUAGAAGCAUCAGAUCAAAUAGAACUUGCACAAGAAGUAGUGUCUGAGCAUGAAAAAGUAUCUACUGGAAGUAGCAGGGAACAGUACCAACUCCUUAGCUCUUCUACGACUACAAAAACCAGCCUUAUAUCAGAGAAACAAAUGCAUAAACAUGAUGUAUAUAGCACAUGUUCAACAGACUGUGAAGACUUGGAAGAGAAUGAAAACAUCAAUAUGGAAGGAAAAUUAAUCGCGUCUGAUAUGAAGGGGAAAAAAGUUGGACAGAAAAGAAAAUUGCAGUAUCGAAAAAUCAAUCAUACAAGGAUGGAAAAGCUCAGAUGCAGAAUUUGUGGAGCAAUGUUCACACGUAAGAAAAAUUUUAAAAAGCAUCAGUUGCUCCAUAGUAGAGAACAGUUAACUGUCUGCAAUAAAAAAUUUGCAGAAAAAAGGCAACUAAAUGAACAUUUACUUCUUCACAGUGGAGAAAAAACAUUCGUUUGUGAAUGCGGUAAAGUGUUUUUACAGGAAGCAAAUCUAAAACAGCAUCAGUAUUUACAUACUAUUGCAGAAUCAUUCCGUUGCAAUGUCUGUGGUAAAACAUUCUUAGAAAAUGAAUACUUAGAUACGCAUCGUCUGACUCACACUUGUAGGAAAAUAUAUCGUUGUAAUGUAUGUGGUAAGAGCUUCUUGUGUUAUCAAUACUUAAGGGAUCACCGGAUGAUCCACACUGAUGUAAGACCAUUUGGUUGUGAUAUUUGUGGAAAAAGAUUUAUGAAACAUGAGCAGUUAAAGUGCCAUCUAUCCACUCACUCCAUAAAGAAAAACUUCUUGUGUGAUGUGUGUGGGAAAGGUUUUGCAUCAAUAUAUGCCAUACAGAAGCAUUUGUUUCUUCAUACUGAAGAAAAACCAUUUAGUUGUGAUAAGUGUGAUGAAACAUUUAAGCGAAAUAGAGACUUGAAAAGCCAUUAUUUUGUCCAUACUGGAGAAGUACCACACAGAUGUAAAAUCUGUGGUAGAAGUUUCCGUUGGAAGUUUAACCUAAAAAAGCAUUACUUGGUUCAUAAUGAUGAAAGAUUGUUUAAGUGUGAUCUGUGUGAAAAGAGCUUUAAGCGAAAAUGUCACUUACGGCAGCAUCAGUUAAGCCACUCUGAUGAAUGUCACUUUUCUUGUGACAUUUGUGAAAAGAGGUUCAAAAAAAAAGGGGGUUUAACAAAACAUCAAAUGAUUCACAGUGGAGAAAAGCCAUUCGUCUGUGAUAUUUGUGGGAAGAGAUUUGGAGAUAAUGGAAAUUUAAAACGACAUAAAUUAAUUCAUAAGUAAAUAAAAAAAAAAAGGAAUUAUGUUGAAUUCCAGAUGGAAAUCAUUAUCUUUAAUAAGAUCCUAACAUUUAUUAUUAAGAUAUUGACAGAAAAGAGUUGAUAAAUAAAUAUAAACAUAGGGGUUCUUAUAAACAUAUUUUUUUUUGGUUCUAAAUAUUUAUUUUCAAUUUAAUAACUAUAUAGGAUUUUUAAUCUAAUGCCAUACAUAUGGUUAUAUCUACUUAAUAUGUGUUACUUUUCUGUUGCAUUAACAACACUUUCAAUGUUUAUCAUCAGUGAAGUUAAUGUCUGUUCCUCAUGAAAUCUUCAUUUACUCAAGUGUCAGGUUUGAAGAUGAAAGGGUGUACUCGUAGAAGUGCAAAAUCUGUCUUGCAAUUCUGAAAUCAGAACUUGGUUUCUACAGUGUAUUUUGCCUAUGUUUUUAAAUACAUCUGCCUAGAAAAUUAAAUGUUGAAGUUAUUGAAAAGUGUACAAGGGACUGUCUUUCUAGGCAUUGCAUGAAGUACUAUAUAUACCCAUGGGGUCAUACCCACAAGACUGUACAAGUGUAUGCAUAACGUUUAUUCAAACUGCAAUAUUAGAGCAGACCUGGACACUAUAAACUAACUGAACUUAUCCUUUAUAGAUUUUUAUUUUUUCAUACCCAGAUAUUAUUUACAGUGUAUUACAGGUAUGUAAUACAUCUUCUCCCUAUUUCAUAUAUUUUUUGCUACAUGUGUGUGUGUGUGUACAGAUGUACACUGGCUAAAUAGAAAUGACUAUGAAUAAAUAUAAAUAUCAG